AUGACCGGCUUCCUAUCAGACGUGGUGCAGUACCGGGGGCUUUUCCAAAUGAUCGCUGUCCUGGGGAUUGGUGGAACAUUCCAAAUGGGUUUUCAAAUUUCUUCCAUCACCUACAUGUCUCAGCAUGUUAAGACUUUCAUUAAUGAAACUUGGCUGGAGCGAUAUGGAUACUCCAUCCAUCAGGAUAACCUCUUGUUCCUGUGGUCUAUCACUGUGUCCAUCUUUGGUAUAGGAGGUCUCUUGGGUUCUUCAGCAAGUAGAUACCUGACUGUCAAGUAUGGCAAAAAGAAAUGUCUCUUGUGCAACAAUCUGCUCAUGAUAGUGGCAGCAUCUGUCAUGGGGUGCAGUAAAUUAGCCCGGUCCUUUGAGAUGAUUCUAAUUGGACGUUUCAUGUGUGGAAUAAGUACAGGUCUUUGUGUUCCUCUACAUCAUCAAUACGUUGGGGAAAUCUCCCCCAGGAAGCUACGUGGAUUUGCAAACUCUACUUCCUCUUUCUUUUGGUCACUGGGAAAAGCCGUAGGGCAAAUUUCAGGACAAAGGGAGCUGCUGGGCAGCCAGUCCCUGUGGCCCAUGCUGAUAGCCUCCUGCGGACUCCCAGCACUGCUCCAGCUGGUCACUCUGCCCUUCUUCCCUGAGUCCCCACCAUACCUCCUCAUGCAUAAAGAAGAUCAGGAAGGCUGCAUAAAAGCCAUAAGGCAGCUUUGGGGUGAAGGCCAUCACCAAGCAGACAUUGAUGACAUCAUGAAAGAGAAGGCAACAAUGAAAAACACCAAGAUCUUGAGUGUCGUGGAGCUAAUGAAAGAACCUGCUUCUCGUUGGCAGCUGUACAUGAUAGUUAUUCUGACCGCCACAGUUCAGCUAUGUGGCAUCAACGCAAUUUAUUUUUAUACUUUUGAAGUCCUCCAGGCAGCUGGCUUUGAUGAAAGAAUGAUCUCCUAUAUGACCCUCUCUCUUGGACUCUCUGAACUUCUAGCUACUGUAGUCUGUAGCUCCAUCAUUGAGCGGCUGGGCAGGAAAGUGCUCCUAAGAGGAGGCUAUUGGAUCAUGAGUUCACUGCUAGCUGCUCUCACCCUGACCCUCUCCCUACAGGACUGGUAUUUCUGGAUGCCAUACUGCAGCCUUUGUCUGAUUGUCUUUGUUGUAGUUGUCUUUGGAGUUGGACCAAGUGGUGCAACAGUUGCCAUAAGGGCUGAAAUUUUCAAGCUCUCAUGCAGACCACCUGCCUUUGUGAUCAGUUCAGUUGUCAACCAUCUGGGUGUCUUUGUGAUUGGAACAACCUUCCCCUUCAUUGUGGAAAGACUCAAGCACUUCUGCUUCCUCAUCUUUAUGGGGGUACUUUUCACUUCAGGGAUAUUUAUCCACCUGUUCCUUCCAGAAACAAACGGGAAAUCAGUCAUGGAAAUCACAGAAGAAUUCAAUAAGCUAAACUUUAAAAAGAAGUAUAUUCCAACAACCCCAAAUCACGUCACAGAGGAUUAUACCUUCUGCACCAGGCUUUGA